AUGGCGUCCUUCGUGGCUUUGGUCACGGUCCUUCUGCUUGCCUGCCGAGUGCAGGCAGCGGCUGUCUUUGCUCACUUCAUGGUGACCAAUUCGGCCAACUACACAUCCAAUGACUGGAAGAAUGACAUGAAACUGGCACAAGAGGCGCACAUUGACGCUUUUGCGCUGAAUAUGGCCUAUAAUGACCCAACUAACAUGGACGCGCUCCCUGCUGCUUUCUCAGCAGCGGAAUCAGUCGGCUUCAAGCUCUUCUUUUCUUUUAAUUAUGCUGGAAAUGGCAAUUGGCCAAAGACGGAUGUCAUCAAUUUGAUCAACCAGUAUAGUGCUCACUCAUCUUACUUCUUCUAUCGAGGACAAGCGUUUGUCUCCACGUUCGAAGGACCCGGCCGUGCCAAAGAUUGGCCUUCAAUCAAGGCUGCUACCGGCUGCUUUUUCAUCCCCAGUUGGUCAUCCCUCGGAGCCAAGCCGGCGGUGGAAACCGGGGUAGUGGACGGUCUGUUCAGCUGGGCCGGCUGGCCUUGGGGCCCUCAGGACAUGGACACCUAUAUCGACGCCUCCUAUAUUCAAUAUCUCGCCAGUAUGCCGUACAUGAUGCCCGUGUCCCCGUGGUUCUUUACCAAUCUGCCGGGUUAUAAAAAGAACUGGAUGUGGCGGGGAGACCAUCUGUGGCAUGACCGGUGGCAGGAGGUGCUCUAUGUCCAGCCGGAGUUUGUCGAGAUUAUUUCAUGGAAUGACUACGGCGAAUCUCACUAUAUUGGACCUAUUGGAACCGCCGACGUCACCGAAGAGAAACUCGUGGCCUGGUAUCGGCUGAGUCCCGCGGCGGCUUGUGGCAGUGGCGGCACCAGUGGCAACACUGCGUCUCAGCUGCAGAUUGAAUUUUCGCCAGUGCAGAUGGCCCAGGAUAGGGUCUUUUUCUCCGCCGUGCUUGGCUCGUUUUCUGGGGUCGUUGUCUCAAUUGGAGGGUCAGCCCAAACUGCCGCGUGGAGCUCCGUCCCGGAUGGUAAUAUCGGAGUCUACCAUGGCAGUGUGGCUUUUGACGGCCGCACGGGACCAGUGACCGUGUCGUUGCUCCGCGAUAACCAGGUGAUCACCACUAUUCAGGGCAAACCCAUCUCUGCUAGCUGCGUCAGGGUGUCCGCCAGGCCAAAGCUCCUGCUCUCCGAGCAGACCUGUAUGAACGGCACGGGCGCCAACAACUUUGCUGGUCUGUGCGGGUUCGCGUGUACCUAUGGAUACUGCCCUCUAGGGGCCUGCACAUGUACGAAGAUGGGGGUAGGCUACGAGAAACCUAACUCGACUGGCGUGCAAGGCUAUCCCAUCGCAGUUGAGGACGCCAGCUAUAGUGGACUGUGCUCGUUUGAUUGUAAUCUUGGCUUUUGUCCGCCCUCGGCCUGUGGGACUGUGGAGGUUCCCCUGACCACACCAACGGUCUCGCCGUUCCUCCCGCCAGCCUGCACGGCAGGAACCGGCGAGGGCAACCUUGCUGGGCUCUGUGACUUCAGCUGUGCACAUGGCUUCUGUCCCAUGAACGCGUGUACCUGUACGGGUCAGGGGGCGCUGAAUGUCAUGAAUCCUACGACUGAUAAGACUGGCAUGGCUGCCCCGGGAAUGGACCCGACCAUCUACAGUCCGCUGUGCGAAUUCACCUGUCAGCGUGGAUACUGUCCUGAAGGGGCAUGCACGCCAAAAUCUGGAGGUUCUGGCGGUGGUGGCUCUGGGUCAGGAUCUGGGGAUGGUGAUGUUUACAUUGCACCAUCUAUCUGGGAUUCGCCUUCCCCAGUCGUUCAAUGCCAGCCCCCAUGCUCCCUGAUCAUGCCGCCACUGCCUCUUGCUAGCCCAUCCACCAUCUCGAUUCCUCCCUGGAGCACACCUGUCGAACAAAGUUACUGGACCACCAGAACGACGACCGAUAAUGAUGGCAGCACAACAACUUACCAUGGUUAUGAGAUUGCUACGACCACCAUUACUAUCCUCUUCCCAACAUCCGUGAUUACCGAGAUUCCGGUCUGGGGAAUAUCGAUCAACGCCAGCCAGACUAGCCCUUCCACUGUGGAGAUGACGAGCAGUAUCACCUUGCCCCAUAUGGUGUACGUGCUGCCUCCUUUAGCAUCAGCUCCCACCCCAACCAGCACCACAACCACCAUCACGCCACCCCCGUAUCCUUGGUCCCAGACUGAGAAGGACACUCACCUCAACACGGGCACGACCAUCUGGUCCCGCGGCACUCCCACGCCCUCCGCCAGCAAGGGUAGCAAGGGCACCGGCCACCGCUGCGCGCCGUUCUGCAAAGGGCCCUGUCUAACCUGCCCCCCGGACUGGAGCGAUAUAUCCAGCGGUGGAGGCGGUAGCGGCAGCGGUAGCGGCAGCGGCUCCGAUGGCAACGAAGACAAUGAGUGCAGCACCCAAACGGCACAGGUCUGCUCUACAGUCUGCGUUGCGGGCUCCGGGUGUGAUUUCUCUUGCUCCACUACGACCGGCUGCUCUGCGACGGCGUCAUCGACCAAAACCGUCGGCACAGCCCCACCCGGCGUCAUGAUCACAAUGGAGCAGUGGCCAGAGCCGACAGAAGACCCCGACGAUGCCAUCACGAGCAUUGCGCUAUCGCUCGAGUCGGUCCUCUCUUCGAAGUUCGGGACUCUGACCGUGAUCGAGGGAUUGACGACGCCUACGGCGGCCCCAAGCGGUCCUGCUCCCUCGAACGGCCCCUACUUGGGACGCAUCAAAAUCAGCUACUACAAAGACGACCGAAAGGAUACCGGUGAAUGGGAUCUGUACCAGUACUACGAGAACGAGCUUAGUGGCGGCCCCGGAUGUCCUGAAGUAGUAAAACCCGACUUCGUGAAGACCGACGGGGCCUAUCUAGGUAUGCCGGAUGGAGCCAGUGGUUUCCAAGCUUUUGGUGCCGUAUGCAGCUACCACGGGUCAAAUUUGCCAGUGGGUACACUCGGCGAAAAAGUGGGAGGAUCAUGUGCGCAGGGUUGGCAGCGCACCUACAAUGUGAUGUAUUGUGAGUGGUAG